ACACAACAUCCGCCACGUGUCAUAACCACAAUCACUUAUCGCAUUUCUAUCUCCUCUCAUAUUACAAGACCACACACAAGCACUUGGCGAGAAACAGAGAGAAGAAAUGGCUGCUUCAGUGAUGCUAUCAUCGGUGACGUUGAAACCGGCGGGUUUCACGGUGGAGAAGAUGUCAGCGAGAGGAUUGCCGUCGCUCACAAGAACUUCAUUCAAAAUCGUCGCGAGCGGUGUCAAGAAGAUCAAGACCGACAAGCCCUUUGGAGUUAACGGCAGCAUGGACUUGAGGGACGGCGUCGACGCCUCCGGCAGAAAGGGCAAGGGAUACGGUGUUUACAAGUUCGUUGACAAGUAUGGAGCUAACGUCGAUGGAUACAGUCCUAUCUACAACGAGGAGGAGUGGUCACCAGGUGGUGAUGUGUACAAGGGAGGAGUCACUGGAUUGGCUAUUUGGGCGGUAACACUCGCCGGAAUUCUCGCCGGAGGAGCUCUUCUUGUGUACAAUACAAGUGCUUUGGCUCAGUAAAAAAAUCUUCAAAACAUCAUCAUGUUUCUCUAUAUGUUUUGUGUUUAUUGUUUCUCUUCUCUGUACUGCUCUGAACAUACACUUUGAAUUUUAUAAAGAACUCUAGUAGUGUUUGUGUAAUA